GGUGACCGUACCUACCUCCAUGAGGAACCAACCAUCGACGUCCUUCUCAACGAUCUGCCUGAGGAGGAGCAGAGAUACUGGGGUAGACAGGUCACGCAUACUUCGGUUGGCUUGUUCAACACGCCUUCUACCUACGAACCCUGGAGCAAUGGGAUCCCUUGCUCGUAUAUCUACUGCGAGAGGGACAACGGGAUGCACAUGGCCCGUCAAAAGUUGAUGCGCGAUCGGUUGGGGCCAGAUGCGAAGGAGGUUUAUCUUGAUUGUGGUCACUAUCUGUAUCUGAGCAUGCCGAAGGAGUUGUUGAGGGCAAUUGAGGAGCCUUUGGCGUGA